AUGUGUUUUACAGUGAAUCCAUGCGCCGCGCUAGCUGUCUCUGUGGCGGAGCUGCCGCAGGCUCCGCCCACUCCGACGCCUUCUCAGACGGUUUCGGCGGCUGCACCGCUGCCGUCGGUGGUGAUCUCGUCGACUUCUUCGGCUCCGUGGCUGUACCUCUACGUCGGACUCACCGGGAUCAGCGUCGGCGGGAAAUCUCUGAGAAUCCAGCGCGGCGCGUUUGCGAUUGGUCGGCGGGGGAGGGAAGGGGUGAUCGUGGACUCGGGGACGACGGUGACGAGGUUUCCGGCGGCGGUUUAUGCGGCGCUGUGCGACGCGUUCAGGAACAUGACGGGGGAGCUGCGGCCUCAACAGAUACCAAAAUGUGGAAUAAGCGAAUUUAAGUGCAUAUUUAAGUACUCCUAUUAA